GAAAAGCCCGACCUCACCAAGAUCGCCCUGAUGCUCGUCAUCCUCUACAUCUCGCUCAAACUCGUCAACAUGCUGGUCCAGAGUGUGCUCUUCUGGGUGCGACUGGCUUUCCGCAUCACCUUCUGGGGCGGCCUUGUCGUUCUGGCCUUCUGGCUCUCGCAAAGAGGUGUCGACGGCGCAGCUGAGGAUGUGAGCUAUUGGAUCAGGCUUUGGAAAGGCGAACUGGAACACUACAAGAGCCAGGCAGAGCAGAUUGCAUAUCAACACAGCCAUGGCUAUGGU